AAAACGCCCUUGAAAGAAGUUAAGAAUAAGAGAGAGAAUACAGCAAUUGGCGUGUGGCGUAUGUUGGGUCGCAGAGGAGCACAGCCAAACCCUCACACACACACACACUGCUUCAUUCAAUUGUAAUUUGUAGCCCACAACACCAACCAUAGCCGUCCGAUGAACCCGUAAAACAACGGUUAACACUUCUCCAUCAGAUUCCUCUUUCAAUUUCCAGGCGUCGCUCCCUCCCUUCAUCAUCGCCAUCAUCCUGCCUUUCUCUUUUUUUACUAAUUUCUAAAAUUAUUAAAAAUUCCUUUUAUUUUUUUAAAAAAGAAAAAAAAAGAAAAGAAAAAAGAGGGGGCGAACGAAUGGAACUUGCAGUGAAGGUGGCUGAAGCUGUUCAUGUGCUGAACCACGAUACCCAAUCGUGCAACCGCGUCGCAGCGAAUCAGUGGCUCGUUCAGUUCCAGCAAACACACGCCGCCUGGGACGUUGCCACCGCCAUCCUCACCGCCGAUCGCCGCCACAACCCUCUCCCCUCCAAUUUCGAGGUGGAGUUCUUCGCUGCCCAGAUUCUCAAACGCAAGAUACAAAAUGAAGGCUAUCUACUGCAAUUAGAAGCUAAGGAUGCUUUGCUAAAUGCCCUUCUUGUUGCAGUCAGGAGAUUCAGUACUGGGCCUCCCCAGCUUUUAACACAGAUUUGUCUUGCACUCUCUGCCCUUGUUCUUCAAGUUGUUGCACAUGGAAACCCAAUUCAGCAGCUUUUUUACAGUCUGCAGAAUUUGCAGAGCCAGGAUAAUGGUAAUAUUGCCGUCCUGGAGAUGCUCACUGUCCUGCCAGAGGAAGUUGUUGAUAAUGAACGACCUGAUUCUAAAAUUAGCUCAUUACAAAAAAGCCAUUAUACACAAGAGCUUCUAUCGCAUACGCCUAUGGUUCUUGAUUUCUUGCUGCAACAAUCUGAACUAAGUUUUGAUGGUUCUGUGCAACAGCAUGAAAGGAAUCGGAAAAUUUUGCGUUGCUUAUUGAGCUGGGUUAGAGCAGGAUGCUUCUCGGAGAUUUCCCAGGGAACAUUGCCAGCUCACCCACUUCUGAAUUUUGUGUUCAACUCAUUGCAGGUACCUUCCUCAUUUGAUUUGGCUGUUGAAGUACUCAUUGAACUUGUGAGUAGACAUGAGGGAGUGCCUCAAGGUCUGUUAUGCAGAGUACAUUAUCUAAAGGAAGUACUUCUCCUUCCAGCUCUUACUAGAGGAGACAUGAAAAUAAUUGGGGGCCUUGCAUGCUUGUUGUCAGAAAUUGGGCAGGCUGCUCCGUCCCUUAUAGUAGAAGCAAGUCCAGAAGCCCUUGCAUUGGCAGAUGCACUCCUGAGCUGCGUGGCAUUUCCAUGUGAAGAUUGGGAGAUUGCAGACUCUACACUGCAGUUUUGGUCCUCUCUUGCAAGCUAUAUCCUUUGCCUUGAUGAGGAUGGUGCAAAACAUAGGAAACAUGUGGAGGAAACUUUUUCACCUGUCUUCUCAGCAUUACUUGAUUCAUUGUUGUUGCGAUCUCAGGUUUAUUUUCAGUCUGUUUGUAUUAUCCAUUACCUGUUGCUCAAGAAGUCAGCUUCAUUGUUUGUUUGUUUUGUUUUUGUUUGUUGUUGGCAUAGAAGAGUGAUUGAGUUGCCUGAUGGUCUUGUCCAUUUCAGGAUGAAUCUAGUAGAACUUUUUGUGGAUAUAUGUCACCUUUUAGGAUCUUCCAUAUUUAUACAAAAGCUCUUUAUUGCUGGGUGGGCAUCUCCAAAUCUACCAAUCCCUUGGAAGGAAGUGGAAAGCAAGCUGUUUGCUCUUAAUGCUGCCGCUGAUGUGAUAAUACAGAAUGGCCAGAGUUUUGAUUUCUCUAUGGUCAUGCAGAUUGUGACCAUGUUGUCCACAAAGCCGUCAGAUGGGUUGAAGGGUUUCAACUGCAUUGUAUACAGAUCUCUAGCAGAGGUGAUUGGUUCCUAUUCUAAGUGGAUAUCAUCUUUUAAGGAAAAUUUUAGGCCCUUGUUAUUAUUUCUUGCUAUAGGGAUUUCAGAGCCUCUAUCCUCAAAUGCUUGUGCAUCUACCCUGCGGAAAGUCUGUGAGGAUGCUUCUAUAGUAAUUUAUGAACCUUCAAAUUUGGAAGUUCUGAUGUGGAUAGGGGAGGGGCUAGACAAGUGGCAUUUAUCAAUGGAAGAUGAGGAAGAAGUAAUGAAUGCUAUAAGUCUGAUCCUUAGUUCUGUUCCCAACAGAGAACUGAAGAGCAACUUAUUGGCUAGAUUUCUUUCUUCUAGCUAUGAAGCAAUUGGGAAACUUGUUGAUCCAGAGACCAGCCAUUCUCUUAAGCAGAGCCCUGCUUCCUAUAUGCAAGUUUUGAAUGCUGCCUCUAGAGGGUUACACAGAAUGGGAACUGUAUUCAAUCAUCUUUCUAUAUCUGCGGUGGCUGAACCUGCUGCAGAUGACUCCAUACUUUCACUCUUACGGGUCUUCUGGCCCAUCUUGGAGAAAGUUUUUAGCUCUGAACAUAUGGAGAGUAGUAAUUUAUCCAUGGCAGCUUGCCGAGCUCUUUCGCUAGCUAUUCAAUCUUCAGGUCAGCAUUUUGCAACAUUAUUGCCGAAAGUGCUGGAUUGGCUUUCAACAAAUUUUGUUUUGUACCAAAGUCAUGAGUAUUACAUAAGAACCGCUUCCAUUGUCAUUGAGGAGUUUGGUCACCGAGAGGAGUAUGGACCUUUAUUUGUCACCACAUUUGAAAGGUUUACUCAUGCAGCUUCUGUAAUGGCUCUAACUUCCUCCUACGUAUGUGACCAAGAACCUGACUUAGUGGAGGCCUACACCAAUUUUGCAUCUACAUUUAUUCGUUCCUGUAACAAGGAUGCCCUUUCAUCCUGUGGUUCUCUUCUUGAAGUUUCUAUCCAAAAAGCUGCUAUAUGCUGCACAGCAAUGCACCGCGGAGCUGCCCUGGCCGCAAUGUCAUAUUUAUCUUGUUUCUUAGACGUGGGCCUUGUCACGCUGUUAGAACAUAGUAAUUGUAUUCUUGAAGGGUCAUUCAACGCCACAACCAUCCAUGUCAUUUCUCACAGUGGUGAGGGGCUUGUAUCCAAUGUGGUAUAUGCUUUACUUGGUGUAUCUGCAAUGUCCCGGGUUCACAAAUGUGCAACAAUUCUUCAACAACUGGCUGCAAUUUGCACAUUAUCCGAAAGAACAACAUUGAAGUCUAUACUUUGCUGGCAAACUCUGCAUGGAUGGCUACAGUCAGCAGAGACCUUGGUGCCACUUUGGUCAAAGGCCCUUGUUGAUGCAGCCGCUGAUUAUCUCGAGAGCAAGAACUCCAAUGGAUUGAAGAGUAAUUACGGGCAUAUGCAAGGGAAGGGUGGCAGAGUUUUAAAGCGCCUUGUUCGGGAAUUUGCCGAUUCUCACCGGAAUAUACCAAAUCUAACUUGAAGACAUGACAAUGUGAAUUGUGAGAAUUAGCUCAUGCAUUACAGCAAUCAGCUUCAAAGAAAGUUAACCGAGGCACCUUACCUGUAUCAAUUGUUGUAGAGUGAUGAGGUAUGUAUAGUCAGUCAUAUUUUGUCCAAUCUGGUGCCCUACCGUUCAAAAUGCCUCACCAUUUUCCAUUACUAUAUUUGUGUAAUUUUCCCUCUCUGUACAGUACACAUCCCACAAUUUUGGCCCUCAAAAUCAGGUUAGGAAAAAUGCCCACCUCCUUUUGAAAUUGUACAGGAUAUCCGUGAAGGAAUAUCCAGAGAUGGAAUUAGAAAUUUUGAAGGGAAGGAAACUCAUGAUGUCUAUUUUCGCUGUACCACCUGAAACUACUUGAAUAAUUGUAAUAGUAGGAAUUAGUUUUAGCAUAAUAAAUGAUGAUUUGAUCCCUCAAAUAAGAAGAUAAUCUGAAGGGAGAAUUUUCUU